CUUCGUCCUUCGAACGGCUAAUAGCGGCGAAGGACAGAGUUCACGCUAACGCAUCGUUAACCUGCCUAACCGGGAAUCCGUUGCUUACCGUGGUUUCCUUGGUUUCGCCAAAGAGUUAUGGGCGGUGGUAAACAACGCAUGAAUCGGCGACUGCGGCGAAGUUGAUAUUACGCCGCUGGGGAAAUUCCAGAAGGUGCUGGACGUGAACACGAUGGGUGCCAUAAGGGUCUCCAAGGCAUUCCUGCCGCUCCUCAAGAAGUCCAAGGGCCGCCUCAUCAACGUCACCAGUUCUUAUGGCAGAUUGCCAUUUCCGAUGGUGACUACUUACUGCUUGUCCAAAAGUGCUCUGACGAUGUUUACCGACGUCUUGAGAAUGGAAAUGAAGAAAUGGUCCGUCACUGUCUGUGCUGUCGAACCGCUAUUAUAUGAAACUGCUCUUACUGAUGCAGAAUACUUGCAGUCGGAAUAUGUUGAAAAUACAGAGAAGACUCUCUCGGAUGACAAAGAAAGCAUUCGACAGGCAGCAAGAAAGAAUUGUGAGGUAAUGCUUAGAGCAUCCAAGUGGCUCGCCAAGAAAAACAUCUCAGAGGUCAUCGACGAGAUGGUGAUAGCCUGCGUCGGGCAGAAUGUACAGUUGCGGCAAUUUAAUCAUAAAAAGGGCAUGGACUCAAAUAAAGAAGGUAACAGCCAUAACAAGAGGAAAGGCAUACAGCAUUAUGAUAAAUAUAAACACUUCACAAUAAAGAAGGCUAGAUUACGAGGAGAAGCGUACAUUAACUACAAAGGACAAAACAUUCCUGCAACUGCAACGGGGAAAAAUUGCAAUUAUAAGCUUCGCCGUUUUGAUGCCAUUGAUGAGAUCGAGAGAGCCCAGAUCUUAGAAAUGUUCAAGGAAUUCGGGAGCAAGGAUGCACAAGACAGGGCUUUGGAUCAGGACUCGGCCGCGGGCAGCCAUAGCGUUAUGUCGCUGGCAACGCAGUCUCGGCGCCUCGCCAGCCGGCAGCUGCGCCACUCGCCGCUGUAAACACUCAGCGCGGACGUGGCCUGCGGAGUUGCACGCCGCACACGUCCUCGGCUGGCCGUCGUAUAUAACGAU